UGCCUUUACCAACUUAACUUAUGAUUUGCACAGUUUCUACUUUCUACUCUCUCUAUCAUCUGAAUCUGAAUUAGACAAAAAUCAAAAUGAUCCUUAUUAAGGCAAUGUUGGUGUUCAUCUUAGUUGUAAGAUCAUGUUCUUUGUGUGUUGGUGAAGUUGUAACAUGUUCCAACAUAGUGCCACUUAAUCAUCGUACAGACAACGUUUCUAUAGUAGAUUUUGGUGGUGUUGGUGAUGGAAAAACCCUUAACACCAAUGCGUUUAAAGAUGCUGUUUACAAAAUUAGCCAAUUGGCACAAAGGGAAAGAGGGACUACCCUUUACAUACCUCCGGGGGUAUAUUUGACAGAGUCGUUUAAUCUGACUAGUCAUAUGACUCUUUAUCUUGCUGCUGGUGCUGUUAUCAAAGCCACACAGAAUUCUUCAAACUGGCCUUUAAUUGCACCAUUGCCAUCUUACGGAAGAGGAAGAGAGCGACCUGGAGGAAGGUAUAUAAGCUUUAUCCAUGGAGAUGGACUUCAAGAUGUCGUAAUCACAGGUGAGAAUGGGACAAUUGAUGGGCAAGGAGAUGAAUGGUGGAACAUGUGGAGGAAUAAAACUCUUCAAUUUACCAGACCAGGUCUUGUUGAAUUUGCAAAUUCGAAAGAUAUUAUUAUUUCUAAUGUCACCUUCAAGGAUUCUCCCUUCUGGAACAUACAUCCAGUUUACUGCAGCAAUGUUGUUGUUAGAUUCGUCACAAUUUUGGCUCCGCACGACUCUCCCAAUACUGAUGGCGUUGAUCCAGAUUCAAGUUCAAAUGUCUGCAUAGAAGACUCAUACGUAUCAAGCGGAGACGAUAUUGUGGCAGUGAAGAGUGGAUGGGACGAAUAUGGAAUUUCUUACGGCCGUCCUAGCUCUAACAUCACCAUCCGACGUGUCAAUGGAUCGUCUGCGUUUGCCGGGAUUGCUGUCGGCAGCGAAGCUUCAGGAGGAGUUGAGAAUGUACUUGCUGAACACAUCAACCUUUACAACAUGGGAAUUGGUAUACACAUUAAGACGAAUAUCGGAAGGGGAGGGUAUAUACGGAAUAUAACAUUGACUAAUAUUUAUAUAAAGAAUGCAAGAACAGGUAUAAAGAUUUCAGGUAGUGUUGGUGACCAUCCUGAUGAUAAAUAUGACCAUAAUGCCCUCCCAAUUGUAAAGGGUAUUAGAGUUGAGAAUGUAUGGGGUGUGAAGGUUUUGCAAGCUGGUCUUAUACAAGGAAUUAGAAAUUCUCCUUUUACUGAUAUUUGUUUAUCGGAUAUCAACCUUCGUGGAACGAAUGAAACUAAAAGUAGAACUCCGUCUUGGAAGUGUUCGGAGGUGUCUGGAGUUGCUCAUCAGGUUAGUCCAUGGCCUUGUUCCGAGCUGAUCAGCCACCAGUCAGGUUCAUGUGCCGAUUACACUAAUGCUCCUAGAUAUUGAUGGAAAUGAUGAAGUUUUUUCUCUUGUUAUUGAGAAAAUUAUCGUUAACCUCACGAACUAUUGUUAGUUAUUGUAAUUGAUUCUGUUGAACAAACAUUAGGGCGACACAGCCUAAUGGUUAACAAGCUUCGGUUAAAGACGAGCUUUGGUUAAAGACGGGUUGUUCAGGAGAAUCCGAAUUCGAGUACUUACUAUUUUUGGUUAAUUUUGAAAACUUGAAAUUGCAAAAUGAUUAACUGGUAUUAGUUAAGUUUCAUUCCAUGCCACUUAUUUUUGUAAUAAUUGAUUGUUCCUUAUCAACAUUUUAAGGGGGGAAGUACUUCAUGGCCCAUUCUUUUGGAAUUGGAAAGAAUACUUGGGAUA